AUGGACUCGGAAGACGGCGAGCUGUUCGUCAAGCAACUGGCCAGCUUUGUGCGGACUCACGAAAAGGCCCUGGCGAACGCCUUACAAUUUCGGAGACAGAACUCACCUCGACAUGGAGCGUCGCAGAGCGUGUCAUCUAUCCCGUCGAGUGCUAUGUCUGCUUCGUCGCCGACAUUCCCUGAGAGACCGGCAACCUCCUCUUCAACAUCAAACACUCUUGCUGCUGCCCUCUCUCUUGGACCUUUGAACUUCACGUCCCAUACUGCCAAGUCGGCAAAGCUUGCACUCACGGCACACCAUCUAUUUUACCUCCUAUCACGAUUUGAAGACCUGGGCAUUCCUGUUGGACCUAUGGGCAUUCGCAUCGAGAACCUUCAUGAUGCCGCUGCCUCGAGCAACUAUGUCUCCUUUCUAAGCCAAUCGCAACGAUCCAAGACCCACGGAUCGGAUGUGGGAUCCAUCCGGUCUGUCUCAAGCAUACGGAGUGUCAUGUCCGGUAUGUCAGCCUUGUGGGCCAGCUUUGGUAUUGGGUCUAGCAUCUCCGCUGCGCGGACCGAGCGGCAAAAGGCAGCAGUGCAGGCGGAUCUCAAAUAUCUCUACUCGGCUUUCACAAAGAUUCCGUGCCUUCGCCUGGCACCGGACUGGCGGGCCCGCCUGAUCCAAGGCUACGAAGAGUUUCCAUUUGAUUCGGCUGUGCCGCUGUAUGUGUUUAAAAAUGUGCAGGCGUUGGAGGUCUGUGACAUGGAUUUUCGUCAGUUUUUUGGCUGGGACCGCCUUGCUGAACAACUGCGGUCGCUCACAUUGAAGCGGGCUUCCAUUGAAGAUCCUGCAGAGAUCCUGGUCGACAUUGUGUUAGAUGAUAUGGACAAACGACGACGACGCACAUCGAAGUCUCAAGCAUCGCCAACAAACGGGCCCCUAAGCAGCUCUAGCAUGGGCUUGGGCACUAGUCCACGUCGCCGCAGCCCAUCACUCCAUCAUGCCGAAUUGCGUAAGAGUGCGUCUAUGCCUGGAUCUCCAGACCCUCGCGGCUCUGGUGUCGACAUUCGUGUUGGGUCUGUCAUCAGCGAGCCAAUUCCGGAUGGCGAUGAGCACAGCGAGCAGAUCAGUGACGGUGACCGCCCAUCUCUUGGUCGUUCAAACAGCGAUGAUGCUGCCCCCGGAAAGCCAGCAUCUCGUCCAAGAAGCCAUUCUCCGCGGAGGUCAUCGAGCUCGCGCAACGGCGGUACAACUUACGUGCGUGUUUCUCACAAGGUCAGCCGUUCGGGGUCCGGUAGCUCGCACUCAAGCCUGUCCGAUUCAUGGCACAAUCGCCGGGGUAGUAGCUCAAACCUACUUUCUGUGGGCGUCAUUCCUGCCUUCAAAUGGCGGUUUUUGAAACACUUCAGUAUCGCAGACAAUUCUCUCACGACAAUACCGGCACUCAGUCUCGCACCGCUCUCAAACACGCUCCAUUCUCUGGACCUUUCCUCAAAUCUAUUCACGCAAAUCCCUGACAGUCUGGCUACGUUGACUGCGCUUCGGGCCCUGAAUCUUUCACAUUGCAUGAUCGACUCACUGCACUCUCUGAUACGCUAUCCAUUGCCGGCUAUCACAGCCUUGAACCUGCGUGACAAUCGGCUGCAGUCGAUAGCAGGGAUUGAGAAGCUAUAUUCGCUGGAGCGCCUGGAUCUGCGGGACAACAAUCUCACUGAUCCCAUGGAAGUUGCCCGACUCACUGGCAUUCCCGAAAUCCGGGAAGUCUGGGUCGGUGGCAAUCCGUUUACUCGGACACAUCGGGAUUACCGCAUCACGAUUUUCAAUCUGUUCCGAAAGACGCCAGGAUAUACAGAAGAUAUUUUGAUCGAUGCUUCCGGCCCCAGCUAUACGGAGAAAAAGUACCUCGUUGAUCGCGCACCCUUGGCUCCUGCCGUGCCCGUGAUCAAGCCACCAGUCGCUCCUAUGAUGCCCGCUGUUGAUGUCAGCAAGCCAGCGAUCAUAUAUGAUGUACCACGGGAGCCUACUGUUCUUCGGAAAGAGAGGCCUGCAGCGCGGGCGGUGACCAGCGAAACCAACUCUAGUGCGUCUCGAAGGCGACGGGUGCCACGUCGCCGUAUUGUUGAUCUUGCAACCAACGACGGCACCGUACGUUCGGCAGUAGUAUCGCAGCCGUCAGCGCCUGCAGCUUCCUUUGGGGUGGAGCUGCCAGCAUCUGGGGUAGAAGCGCCAUUGUCACCUGUGGCGGAAACGAACUAUCGCGUGGUGCAGACAGCCGAACGCGGCAUCGCUUCACCCACUUCACCUAAUCCACCUGCCAGGGUUGUCUCUAUGCAAGAGGCUCCAGAAACCCCACGAGCCCAGCUAGCUUUGCAAACGGAAUCGCAGCCAAAAUAUUAUUCGGUGGAGACGCAGACUCAGAUUCAGUCUCAUCCCGAGAGCGCUGCAAUGGUGGCAAACAUCCAAACACCACCUCAGUCCCCAAUUAUGUCUGUGGCUGCUCCUCAGACGCCGACUCUGCUGCCCAUUCGGACACCGACAAGCCACGGCUCUGCAGUCACUGCAAUCUGGAAAGAGCCACAAGACUGGGAAGUUGGUGCUGAGCUGUACAAGCGCAAAAUCGAGGCGCUACGCGAUCAGGUUGGAGAAGGCUACCUCAGCGUUCUCAGCGAGGAGACCUGGGAUUCUGUCCGCCAUCCACCCCAAUACCACGACAAUCCAUUCAGUAAUGCAACGGCUUCAAUCUGUACAAGUCCAAUUGCGCCCCGAACAGCGAAUGUUCAGGCCAUUCAUUCCGGCCGAACGCUGGGAUAA